CCCAAAGAAGAAGACAUUACGUCACCGGGUGCAGAGUAACUUUGACUGCCAAGAUGGCGGGGACAAUGUUGAGGUCGCUUAGCAAACUUGGACGUCCUUCAACAAAAUUGAUUAUAAAUAGUAAUUUGGUCAGCCCUGCUUGCACUGUCCUACAAAACAGGCAGAAACAGUGGCAGCCAGAUGUGGAGUGGACGGAGCACUAUGCUGGGGCGGUGAUGUACCCCAGCGCCAUCACUGAGAAAUGGGUCCCCCCACCAUGGAAUGAUAAGGAUGCUCCUAUGGAGAAGGAGGUGUCUAACCUGACCAUUAACUUUGGGCCCCAGCACCCCGCAGCCCAUGGCGUGCUGCGUCUGGUGCUGGAGCUCAGCGGGGAGUCAGUGAAGAAGUGUGAUCCCCACGUGGGCCUGCUGCACCGCGGCACAGAAAAACUCAUUGAGUACAAGACCUACCUACAGGCGCUGCCUUACUUUGACAGGUUGGACUACGUGUCCAUGAUGUGUAACGAGCAGGCCUACUCUCUGGCCGUGGAGAAGCUGCUCAACAUCCAGGCCCCACCCCGCGCACAGUGGAUCAGAGUUCUUUUCGGAGAGCUGACUCGCAUCCUGAACCACAUCAUGGCCAUCACCACCCACGCCCUGGACAUCGGAGCCAUGACCCCCUUCUUCUGGAUGUUCGAGGAGAGAGAGAAGAUGUUUGAGUUCUAUGAGCGUGUCUCAGGGGCCAGGAUGCAUGCAGCCUACGUCAGACCUGGUGGAGUACACCAGGACAUGCCACUGGGACUAAUGGAUGAUAUCUAUGAGUGGUGCAAGAACUUCUCCAUCAGAAUAGACGAGGUGGAGGAGAUGUUGACCAACAACCGUAUCUGGAAGAACCGCACCGUGGACAUCGGGGUUGUGUCUGCAGAGGACGCACUCAACUAUGGCUUCAGUGGUGUGAUGCUGAGGGGUUCAGGCAUCAAGUGGGACCUGAGGAAGUCUCAGCCCUACGACAAGUAUGACGAGGUGGAGUUUGACGUCCCCAUCGGCAGCAAGGGAGACUGCUACGACAGGUACCUGUGCAGGGUGGAGGAGAUGAGGCAGAGUCUCAGGAUCAUGAUCGAGGCCCUCAACAAGAUGCCAGCGGGAGAGAUCAAAGUGGACGACGCCAAGGUGGCCCCGCCCAAGAGAUCUGAGAUGAAGAUGUCCAUGGAGUCUCUGAUCCAUCACUUUAAGCUGUACACAGAGGGUUACCAGGUGCCCCCCGGAUCCACAUACACAGCUGUAGAAGCACCCAAGGGAGAGUUUGGUGUGUAUCUGGUAUCUGACGGCUCCAGCAGGCCCUACCGCUGCAAAAUCAAAGCUCCAGGAUUCGCUCACUUGGCUGCCCUGGAUAUGAUGGCUAAAGGACACAUGCUGGCUGACGUAGUGGCCAUUAUUGGCACCCAGGACAUUGUGUUUGGCGAAGUUGACCGUUAAGUUAACACCUGACUGUUGAAAGAUGACACCCAUGGUUCCACUCUGAAGAGGAUUUCUCAGCGCUGUCUUUACUACCUUGUUUGUCUCUCAUUCACUGUACUGGGAUUUUGACAGAUGGGCCAACUCGUAAUCAUUGACGUAUAAUGCUGUAAACCUAAUAAAUAUUUUAUCUCUGAUCGGUCAAA